UGAUGAUAAUGAAAUAGAGGUAACUUUAUUUUUACCAGUCAAUUCAGAUAAUCGAAACCCAGAAUCGCAAGCUAUCUUUAAAAGAGAUGAAUACUACUCUGUCAGAGGAAAAAUUAUAUCUGGAUCCUAUGCUGGAAAAAUUAAACCAAAAAUACUUAAAUGCAUUACUAUAUUAUCACCAAAUAAUACUCUAAGACGUUAUUCAGAGACACAUAGUUUAAAGAGAAUCAAUAAUUGA